AUGUCGACCUUUGGAGAGCAUUUCAGAGUCACCACCUAUGGCGAAUCACACUGCCGCUCCGUCGGCUGUAUCGUCGACGGGUGCCCGCCUGGCAUGGAGCUCACAGAGGCAGACAUUCAGCCCCAGAUGACAAGAAGACGGCCGGGACAGAGUGCCCUGACAACCCCUCGAAAUGAAAAGGACAAGGUCGAAAUACAGUCUGGAACCGAGUUCGGCAUCACGCUGGGCACUCCAAUUGGCAUGGUGGUGCGGAACGAGGACCAGCGGCCCAAGGACUAUGGAAACAGCACCAUGGACAUGUACCCUCGACCCAGCCAUGCUGACUUCACCUACCUGGAAAAGUACGGAGUCAAAGCCAGCAGUGGUGGUGGCAGAAGCAGUGCACGAGAGACCAUUGGUCGAGUGGCUGCCGGUGCUAUUGCGGAAAAGUAUCUCAAGCUCUCCCAUGACGUAGAGAUAGUCUCCUUUGUCUCCUCUGUUGGACAUGAGCAUCUCUUCCCUCCCACAGCCGAGCAUCCCAGCCCGGCAACCAACCCGGAGUUCCUCAAGCUCAUCGAGAAAAUUGACCGGAAGACCGUGGACUCUUUCGCCCCUAUUCGAUGCCCUCAGGCAGACGCAGCUCAUCGGAUGACCAAGCUGAUUGAACACCACCGUGAUCUAUCAGACAGUAUUGGAGGAACUGUUACCUGCGUCAUUAGAAACGUCCCUGUUGGCCUGGGAGAGCCCUGCUUCGAUAAACUAGAAGCCAAACUCGCACACGCCAUGCUCUCGAUCCCCGCUACCAAGGGUUUCGAGAUCGGUUCUGGUUUCCCUGGCUGCGAAAUCCCUGGAUCAAUUCACAAUGACCCUUUCGUGGUAGAGACCAACGGCAACGGAAAGAAGCUGACGACCAAAACGAACAACUCUGGAGGUAUCCAGGGAGGUAUAUCCAACGGAGCUUCCAUCUACUUCCGCGUUGCCUUCAAGCCACCAGCGACUAUUGGACAGGCUCAGACCACCGCCACUUAUAGCUUUGAAGAAGGCAUCCUCGAGGCAAAGGGACGACACGACCCGUGUGUGGUACCGAGAGCUGUGCCCAUUGUCGAGGCUAUGGCUGCUCUGGUCAUCAUAGAUGCUCUCAUGGCACAGAACGCAAGGGAGGCCGCGAAGAACUUGCUCCCUCCACUACCGCAGACGAUACCAACACGGCCAACCAUCACCUCACCGGCCCAGAAUAGAGGCGAACAGGCAAAGUGA